AGUAAUAGUGCUCCACUGUGUUGUGUGUGUUUGUUUGUUUUUUAAAUUCAGGUAUGUUUUUGUUUAUGCCGCUGGUAUUUGAGUGUGUUUAUAAACUCAAAACAAAACAAGAUGUCUCUAUCCAAACAUCAGUUUUGGCUCUUUAAGCCAUUGUUAAAGAAUGCAAAGAGAAGGCAUGACUGUACAUGCACGAGGAAAAUCAGGGACACCUACACGGUGUUGCGUGAGUCCUGUGAGGUUUCCCAGUUUGAACGAUGCACUGAUGUGAUAUUAAAGAGAUUACACACGACAGUCUGAUUUUUAUUUAAGGAGACAGGAGGACAAAGUCUCUUUUCUAAGGACAGAUAAGUGAGAUUUGAGAUGAGAGUUUUUCCAGAGCAAUUUUAUCUUUUUUUUUUUACGAGUGACAGUACGCACAAUCAAAUAUCACAAGUAACUGAAUCUGACAUAUAAUAAGAGAGAAACUUUCAUAACAUAUUGAACAAUUACCUACACUCUUUGGCCCCUUUAGUAGGUACACCUUGCUAGUACAGGUUGGACCACCUUUUUCCUUGAAAGAUGUGAUGGGAACAUUCCAGUUUGAGAUGAUCUGAGUUUUAUGACAUGUGGGUGAGAUUUUUCUGUGUAGUUUAGAUAAAGCUACAAAGACACACACAGACACAAAUGGGGGGGGGGGUUAUGAUCAUGUGGUCAAUGUUCUGGCCAACCGAUGACAGACCAAGUGUUACUGAAGGUCGUUGGGGUUUAUUUCUGAUUAAAUGUGGGAGGAGAAAUCUCAGCAGGUACAUAAGACUGGAGGCAGAAAUCAGUCAGUAAAAUACUCCUAUAAUUAGUGACAGGUGUAAAUAUGACCUCUCGGCCUUUAAACGCUGCUGCUGUACUUCUGUGACUUCUUCACUCUUGUUGUCAAAUGCUAAAAGUUCCUUCUGGUUCUGUUUAACUGGUAUUUAGAAGAUCCUUCUAUUUAGGGGACCCCAUGACUUGUAAUUCCAUUUGAAAUACUCGGGGAGUGUGCUCCAAGGCCUUUACCAGCAGGUAGUGCCUGUAGCCUUCGAUAUCAGAGCAAUACUGAAUUAAUAUUAAAUAAACAGUAUAAAAGGAAGCUUCAUCCUGUGGUUGCAUUUAAGAGCUCAGCCUCUAGGAGCCGCUGCUAGAAUUUAAAUGUCCCUCCUUCAUAAUCAGUAAAGCCGUGCAGGCUCUGACAAGUGAGCCCUCGUCAUUUAUUUUUUAUUUUUUAUUUUUUGCAGAGGCCAUCCUCUACCCGCUUAAUGCGAGCGGCUCAGUAUCCUCCAACUAUCCAUCCAGCCGGCCAUCCAACCAGCCCACAACCCGGAUCAUCCAGCAGCUCUUUUUGUUUGCUCACACACAGCUCUGCUUUAUAUCCGGCAUGUAACGGUUAUUUUACUAAUCGAUUGCUGUAAGACUUUCUCCCCGAUGGAUGACUAGUCCGAGCGGCCGGGGAUCCACCGCCCUGCAGGCUGCCGGGGAACACUGAGCACGCCGUCCGGGGUCAAAACGGUGGAAAUGGUCGGUGUUUCGGGCUCGGGAGGCUCCUUUGGCCGUGAUGCGAACGCGGACGAGGCGCGUCAACCUGUCGGGGAUGAUGGUAAAACCAUGGACCUGGACAGUGCUCCAUAACCUCGCUUGCCCCUCACCUCCCUCCUGAUCACCUUUUCUCCUCCUCCAUUUGUCCUCCUUCCCCUUCCUUUUCUCUACUACCUGUUCACGAUGACAACCACACUGGAGACGAUGCUGGCACAGCCUGACCUGGAGCUGGGCCCUGAUCGGAUGGACGGCUGCGAGGCCGCUCGUGGGCAUUACAAAGUGGUUCCCUCCGUUGUCUGCUCGAUGUGUUGUCUCUUUGGCAUCAUUUACUGUUUCUUUGGAUAUCGCUGCUUCAAGGCGGUUAUGUUCCUUACGGGCCUGAUGUUCGGCUCCGUCGUUAUCUUUAUGCUCUGCUACAAGGAGCGCGUGCUGGACACCCAGCUGAGCGUGGAGGCCUCAGUGGGCAUUGGCCUGGGCAUCGGGACGCUCUGCGGCCUGGUCACCAUGCUGGUUCGGAGCGUGGGCCUCUUCAUGGUGGGCCUGCUGCUUGGCCUGCUGGUGGCCGUGGCUACCCUGGUCGGCAUGGAGGAGCUUUCUGACAGCCCGCCGCGCUCUGUCUGGGUGCCUCUGGGCGUGCUGCUUGGCCUGGGCAUGCUGUUUGCUGUGCUCACCCUGCAGUGGCAGCGUCUGUUUACAACGCUGUCUACAGCGGUGUUCGGGGCAGCUGUCAUCACGGUGGCUUUGGACUACUUCGUGGAGCUCUUUGCCCUUGUGCUGUACAUGUAUGAACGGAUUAAAGCAGAGUCUGGAAAGCCUGUGUGCUGGAUGACAUGGGUGGUCCUCGGAGUGUGGCCUGCCCUCACCCUGCUGGGUGUCGUGGUCCAGUGGAAGGUGACCGCUGAAGGAUACUCCCAUACCAAGGUAAUCAUCAGCCGCCAGCAGCGGAGGAUGCAGGUGAUGCGCAUUCGCCAGCGGGAUGACCGCUACCGCAACAAGAAGAAGAAGAAGCAGCAACAUGGCUCCUCUUCACACCAUCAACACCAAUCCAAACAACUGCACACGGAGCCCGCCUACCGCCGCAAACCCAACCCUAUCCGCCGCUACGAUACCGACGUCCUCUCUCCUAGCUACAUCCAGAGUUUUAGAGAUCGGCAGGUACAGGCACAGCCCUUUCCAGGCCGGCUAGUCGGGGGCUCCCAUGCCGUAGUGGAGAUGGGCUAUGACUGUGGAUCCACAACGCCACUCACUGGAGCAGCAGGACCUUCGCUACGGGUCUAACCACUCCAGAACCUCCCAGAUGCCUGAACAUACCACUUACCCAGAGAGAUGUACGUCUCUAUAAUCACACCUGUGCUAGAACAAACCAUUACACACCUAAGAGGAUGGAAAAAAUAUGUAGGGCUGGAUUUACCUGAAAUGCAAACACAUUUGACUGUUUCCCUAAAUAAAUUUUGGAUUAUAAACCUCUUGCUGGAGCCACCAGUGUGGUGCCGAGGUUAGCUGACCUCUUUUCAUCGUCCAAACGCACAAAUGCAUGCAUGUACUUAACAUCACAAAAACCGCAGCUACAAUUUUAAAGAUUGAUGUGGAAGCCCAAAACAACCUGCUGGACUCAUCCCCAACCUGUCUGCCACCAUCUCAACUCAAACCAGGGAUUGGAGCUUCAGUGCAAACCCUCCUCAGGUUCUAACAAAAAUAAUGAAGAUUCGUUGUUAAUAGUUUCUACCACUGAUGUUACAGAAGCAAGUGGAAGUCGAAUUAAAGGUCCAGUCAACAUUGUCUUUAAGGGGAGGUAAUGACCCUUCACAGCAAACUGAGAUCCUCUAUUUGCUCUCUGUGCCAUCCGGACUACAUACAUCCUCUUUGAAAUGAGGAAAGAUUUCAUAACUGUCACAUUUAAAGAGGGGAAAACCCUUUGCCACCCUUGGUGCUGGACGACACACUACUUCAAGCGGCCAACUGCUCUGAAGGCCAGGGAAUCUGUUUAAACGGGUGCCUUGCCCCUCCUUGGACUGUAAAGUUCAGCAUCAGGAGAGCGGUUACUGGCAGAUAUCCCACCAGUGGCUUCUUCUUGCAUUAAAAGUGAAAAAAAAAAUUCAGUGAGGGGUGGUAGCCAGGGAGCUACAAAAAGCAGGGUUAAAAGACUUUUUAGAGGUGAGCUUGUUGUUUUCACAGACGUGUGGAUAAAUGAGGUUUUAUUUACACUGGCACCUCAAAAGAUCUGAUUUUGCGGAUUCUCAGUGCUGGAAAAUAUAAAUCUUGCUCAUUUUGUGUCCUGAACUUAUUCUCUAAGAGAUCAGUUUCACGUGUAAAACAGAUUUCUUUUUCACUCUACCAUUUACCUUUGUGUAGAACUUGGCAGAGGAUGGUCAAUGACAGAAUAGCUGAAUUUUUUUUUGUUAUGCCAUAAAAGUGAACAUAAAUUAAAUUUCAUUUGUUAGAUAGCUCAUUUACCAUAAUUGAAACAGGAUCAAGAAAACUAAUGUUAUCAGAUAAAAUAAUCAUUUAUUUUUAUUUAAUAGCUGUAUGAUAAUGGAGGUAACAUAACUGAAGAGUGGCAGAAAUUAGUGCCAAUGUUACAUUUUUAGUUUCUUAAAUAUGAAUAAUUUAAAAAGAAUUUGUUUAUUCCAGUUCUCACAUAGCUGUAGUCAUUAUUUACUGAUACAAUAGUGUUAAGAAAGUAAAAGCUCGAUUACAAAUAACGACACUAAUAAAAACAUGGCGGGAAUUAUCAUUGAUGUUAGCAUGAUAGGCUAACUAAUGUCAACUUUUUAAGUAAAAACUAGUUAGCCUGCUUUACUAUGGAAGGAAAUUAGCCUAGCUUGCUAGCAUUGACUUUUUGAUUCAAAUAACAGUUUAUCUGCCCUGUAACCAACUUUUGAAAAGAGAACAGAUAAAGAUUUAAUAAGUAAAUUUGAGGGUUUUUUGUUUUCUAAUGUUCCUUUAACAUUUACAUAAUAUUUCAGGGUUAUUAUAGCUGUUUGGGUUUUUUUUUCAUUUAACCUAAUUUAACCUGAGCUGAUUGAGAGAUUGUGUUUCAGGUAUUGGUUAUUUUCCAGUAUAAUAAAUUAAAAGGUUUUCUCAGUGAUGGUUUAGGUAUCUGUCAAACAAAAUCUCAGAAAUGUGCCUGUUUGCACCUUAGACAGACCCAGCUGAGGUGCUAGUGUAAACAAAGCUCACAGGUCUGAGUGACAAAAUGGACUAAUGGCCAUAGAAACUUGUAUUUAGAGCAACUCUUUCCAUCAUGUGCAUUGACCUUCUUUAUUUGGGAAAGCAUAACAUUUUUGUCACCAGUGAAAAUGUGAAUACUUUGUUAUUGUUGCUGCCUUUUUAAAGGAAAAGCAGACACGUGAGUGCGAAGGGGGGGUGUUUCUAUUUCUCACCUGACAUGCAUGAUCUCACCCCUCCGUCCACCCAAUCCUGUGUGGCACUGAACACCCUGCACCCUUUCAUGUACAUCGAUGUGAAAUUUGUACAUAAAAAAACACAACACUUACUACCUUUUUUGGGUGGGAGUGGGAUUUUUUUCCCCUUUUUUUACCAUUUGAUUGUUAUAUUUAAACACUUUCUUUUCUUAAAAGUCACAUUUAGUGGUUUCUUUCGAGUGGGAUGUAUUUAUUUGUUUUAUUUAAUUAUUUUCUGUAAGGAGAGUGCAAUCAUCACUGUAGGCCAGUAACUCCAUGCUUUUAUUAAACUGAAUUAUGACUAUGAUCAUUAAAGCAUGUGUUCCAAUGGGCCUGUGUACAAUAAAAUGUAAAAUGAUUGGUCUUUUAAAGCAAUGCCAUGUAGGCACGAAACAUA